CGACGCACGACGCACUCUCCUUCUGCCAUCAUUCAAUCUCCUUUCUUCAUCUCCCCAUCGCCACUCGCAUCGCUGCCCACCACCCUCCUCUCCUAAAACCAAAACACUUUGCCGUGCUCGACAUCGGGCACGAGCAUCCCCCAAAACCAGCGUGAUCACGCUUUCAAGCACUGUUCGCCAUGGCCCAGCAGCAGUCUCCUCACCUCACCGACAUUCCCCAGGCGAUUCAGAUCGCAGCGGCCGCAGACCCAUCCAUCGACCCCGCACUCAAGCAGCAAGCACUUGACUAUCUCCAGAAAGUCAAGGAGCGAUGCGAUGAGACCUGGCAGGACUGUUUGUCCCUCUAUUUGCAAGGCGCCGGCGCUUCUGGCGUCGGUGCAACGGGCUCGGACGGCAAGGAGAAGCUUGAUCCCAGCAUGCGCAUGUUUUGCGAGCAGAUUGUGGACGCAACCAUGAUCAACAAGCCCGAGGCCAUGUCCGUCGACUCGCAGAAGGCCAUGUACGAGGCAAUCGUCGACUUUGUGCGCGCCGAGUACAUAGAGGGUUCUUGUGAAGGCGGCCAGUCGUUCCUUCGCAACAAGCUCGCGUUCACCAUUGCGCACCUCUUUCUCAAUGUCUACCCCAACACCAUUCCCACUUUCCUUCAUCCCUUCAUCGACCUCCUCGUCCCUUCCAACUCGACCAAGAGUCUCAACCCCUCUCUACUAGCCGUCCAUCUCCUCAUCGAGAUUGCCCAGGAAAUCCACGACACCGUCAUGCGCAGCGCCCGCCCUCACUCACCCGCACGUCAGCAGCGCGAUGGCCUCAUUCGCGACGGUAUCCGCACGAGCGGUGAUGAGCAACUCGCGGUUAACAGUCUUCUCGCGCUGGCGACCAAGGGUCUGGAGCUGUGCCGCAGCGGUGACAAGCAGUGGCUCGAAGUGACGCAGCUUGCGCUCAAGGCUCUUGGAGCGUGGACCCCUUGGGUGGACCUUGCAGUGGCUCUCACGCCCGAAACCCUAGGGUUUUAUCACCAGGUUCUACAGCAGAACAUUACGUCGCUACGUACCCAGGCGGCGGGUAUCAUUAGAACCUUUACUGCCAAGGGUAUGCGCGAUCCUGCAGAGAAGUUGCAGGUCCUCAAGGUCCUCGACAUCCUCUCCGUGCUGGACCCGCUGGAAGCCCAGACCAGCUCGAAGGAGGAUCACGGCAUGGUCCUCUUUCGCGCAUCUCUCGCCAGUGUGCUCCAGGUUUACGGUACGGAGCUCAUCAAGCUCACUGAGCUGGAUAAUGCCUCCGAGCAAAUCCGUAACGAGGCAGACAAUAUGCUCUCUGCUUCCAUUCCUCUCAUCCUACGCUUCCUCAGCGACAGGCAUCCCGAGGUUCCCACGGCAGUCUCGCCCUUUGUGUCGGACUUGUUGCGUACGUUCAAAAAAUACGUUAAGCCUCCAGCUACCCCAUCCAACGGCCGUACGAUGGCCCCUCCUCCCCCCCCCGUUCCACUUCCCCCUGGCAAACGCGACUUUCUUCUCUCUGUGCUUGAAGUGGUCGUUCGUCAGCUCGAGUGGCCCGAGGACGCUGAGUGGGAGGUCGUUCAGGACGAGACGGAAACCGACGAGGGUGUGGAGGCGUUCUGCGCGAUGCGCCGCAGUUUCCGCAGCGUCAUCGACCACAUUGCAUCGAUCGACAAGUCACUUCACACCGAGGUCGUAGCUAGCAUUGUCGUUAACAUCUUGGAGCGCCUCUCGGCUCAAGGCGCCUCCGCUGUGACAUGGCAGCAGGCGGAGCUUGCUGCUUUCCUGGUCUUUACAUUUGGGGAAAUUGCGAAGAGCAACUCGCGUGCGGCCUUUUACGAGCUUCCUCCUGAGCUCCUCUCGAGGACGGCUGUCAAGAUGGCACGCUCCUCCGGCCAGUCGACUCCAACCGGCGGAGCUCCGCCUGAUAUCGCCUUCCUGGACUCGAACACAAAGAUAGACUACGAGCAGUACCCCCUCACGCCGCUCGGUCGCCUCCUCACUCUCAGCAUGACCUCGGAUCUCGCCUCGUACCCCCACCCUAGUGUCCCGCUAAUGUACUUCGAAAUUGGGGUCCGCUACGUCGACUUUUGGAAAGUCAAGAAGGGAGCAAUCCAGCCCAUGUUCGAGGCCCUUCUGGAUACCCGCGGCAUUCGCAAUGAGGACGAGGGCGUCCGUCGCCGGUCGUUCUACCUCCUCGCGCGGUUCAUCAAGGAGUGCAAGAUUGAGAUGGACAAGGCAAUGAUUCCUAUCAUCCUUGACAGUCUCAGGGAGAUGCUUCAAAUCCAUCCGAAGCUUCCGCAAGCUGACACUCCGGACGAUGAUCCGCUUCUUAAGGCCACCACAGGCAAAAGCUACUUCCAGGACCAACUUCACCUCUUCGAGGCCUCGGGCAUGCUCGUUUAUCUGACCAAGUCUGAUCCGCAAAGUCAGAUGGGGUUCCUCGCCGCUAUUGCUGGCCCUCUCAUGGCGGGUGUAGGCGCUGGUCUUGACCAGUACAAGCGCAACCCGCAGGACCAGAUGGCCGUUCUUCACGUCCAUCACCACCUCAUGGCUCUCGGGCACUUCGCAAAGGGUUUCCCGGCAGUAUCUGACGACCAGCUGGAGGCGCAGCCGUACAGGCAGCCUUUCAAGCAGAUGACGGAGGCACUACUUGAGGCCCUCGAGGUGAUGAAGACCCAGCGCGUCGUCCGGGACUCUGCUCGUUUUGCAUUCUCGCAGUUCGUGAGCGCAAUCGGGUCUAGCGUCGCCGAGCUGGUCCCGAGGUUUGUCAACUCCGUUGUCACCGAGUACGGGUCGGCCGAGCUCGUUGACUUCCUCAUAUUCCUUUCUCUCCUCAUGCACCGUCUCAAGAAAAACACUUUCGAGACGAUGGACAUGCUCCUACUACCCCUUCUAUCCAGCAUUUUCGACGUCCUCAAGAAGGAGAUCAAUGGCACAGACGAGGCCAUCACCCACCGUCGCCUACAGGAGGCGUACCUCGGCUUCUUCACGGCGCUCAUGAACGCCAAUCUUGAGGGUGUCUUUAUCUCGGACCGUAAUAAGCCUCAGUUCGAAAACGUGCUCCAGUCGCUCAUGAACAUGAGCGAGGACAGCUCAGACAUGAUGUCGCAGCGACUGGCUUUCGCAUUCUUUGGCAAGUCGGUCAUUGCUUGGGGGACGUCGGCCACCGCAGCGUCCAAGCCCUCGGUCUUUGCUGACACGGCAAUGUCGAUGCAAAGCCAGAAGGUAGCGGCUGGCCUUGCCAGCGCCACCAACCAGCAUGCCAUCUCCAAGGAGGAUCGUGCGGCGAUGGCCCUUCCAGGGUACGAGAUGUUCAUCUACCAACGCCUCGUCCCAACUGUCUUCACCGUGUCAGCCGAUCCCAAGUUCAACGUCAAGCAGGGCCUGCCCGUUCUCCACGAGAUGGCGGGCGUUCUUCGCAAUGUUGUCACGGCGCGCGGCCAGGAGGGCAUAGACUUCCUUCUUGGCGACAUGCUGCCCAAAAUCGGCUGCCCGCCGGGCAUGGCGCAGCAGCUUAUCGAGCGUCUACGCACGCAACCCGCCAAGGACUUCCGCAAGACGUACGCCGAGUUCAUCAAAGCCAUGCGCUCGUAGCAUACUAAUUCUCCCAUCAUUACCUUACCACCACUCGCAUCACGACCCGAACUUCUCGGCCCGAGUAGCAUAUCAUCAUCCAUCCAUGUCUCAUCGCAUCACAAUUAGCGCUGCGUGUUUAUAGUUGCAGCAUUGUCGGUCGUCGACAUCAUCAUGCAUAGCGUACUACGCUG